AGAGCCUCCCUUCAGCGUCCACUGCACGCGUUCGCCGCAGCACGUCCCAUCCAUUCGGGAAAACACAUGUUGCAAAAUGACCCGAGGCUACCCGAAGUGAUUCUCGGCUGAAAGGGAAAGAUUACGCACGGUGAUGCUCACAGAUGAAUGUGACGAAUGAGCGCGCGCUGCGGCGCACGCAUCCUGGAUUCUGAAGAGCAGAUAAAAAGGCGGUGAUCACAUAAGUAAUUUCACAACAGGAAGAGCCGCACGAGGUUGUUUAGAGCGAAAUCAUUCUGCAUAACGUCAGAUUAGGAGGGUUGAUACGGAAGUGUAGGGAGGAGUUUCGUUUAAGUUUAUACUCGGAUGCUUUCGUCAGUGCUGAAAAGGGCCCUCAGCUGUACGUGUGCAUCAGAGAAACUGGCAUCUCAGUCAAUUAGGUAUUUUCUGUUUGCUAAUUGUUGGGAGGUGUGUUUCUGAAUCGGAGGAGCUAAAUUUGGACGCAGCAGUGUUUAUCUAAAGAUCGACCACAAAAAUCAAGAUGCAGCAGUUGGAGGAUGACAAGCCCAAGAAGAAGGUGACUCCUUACCUUCUGUACUGUGUUUCUACAGCAGUCAUUGGCUCACUGCAGUUUGGCUACAACACAGGGGUCAUCAAUGCACCUGAGCAGAAACUGCGACAGUUUUUUCAAAAUGUGUCUACGGAUCGGUAUGGCGAGCCUUUCAGCCAGGGAACGAUUACUACAGUGUGGAGCUUUGCUGUUGCCAUCUUUAGUGUGGGAGGCAUGAUCGGGUCCUUCUCUGUUGGAACCAUGGUGAAUAUAUUUGGCAGAAAAAAGUCCAUGAUGAUCACUAAUAUUCUGGCCCUGGUGGGCGGCGGCCUGAUGGGCCUGUCCUCCCUCACUAAGUCUUUCGAGGUGGUCAUCGUUGGCCGCUUCUUCAUCGGCGUGUUCUGCGGUCUGUGCACAGGCCUGACACCCAUGUACGUGGGCGAAAUCUCCCCCACCGCUCUGCGAGGAGCGUUCGGGACUUUGCACCAACUCGGAGUCGUCAUUGGCAUCCUGGUGGCACAGAUCUUUGGUCUGGAAUUUCUGCUGGGCUCAGACGAACUGUGGCCCCUCCUGCUUGCUCUGACCAUCCUGCCAGCCGUACUGCAGAGCAUCAUGCUGCCCUUCUGUCCUGAAAGCCCUCGCUACCUACUGAUUGUCCUCAACAAGGAAGAAGAGGCAAGAAAAGCACUGGUGCGUCUACGUGGCUGUGAGGAUGUAGACGAUGACAUUCAGGAGAUGAAGGAGGAAGGGAUGAAGAUGGCCAUGGAGAAGAAAGUCACCAUCCUUGAACUCUUUCGCUCCCCAAACUAUCGUCAGCCGAUAAUCAUCGCUAUCAUCCUGCAGCUCUCUCAGCAGCUGUCUGGCAUCAAUGCUGUGUUCUACUAUUCUACUGGCAUAUUUCAAACUGCAGGUGUGACUCAGCCGAUCUACGCUACGAUUGGAGCCGGAGUUGUCAAUACUGUGUUUACAGUCGUUUCUCUGUUUCUGAUUGAACGAGCCGGCCGGAGGACGUUGCACCUGAUCGGACUUGCAGGAAUGGCGAUCAGUGCCCUUGUUAUGACGAUCUCAUUGUCUUUAGUGAAGACAAACGAGUCUCUGAGUUAUCUGGCAAUCGUGGCUGUGUUCGGAUUUGUUGCCAGUUUUGAGAUGGGUCCAGGUCCCAUCCCAUGGUUCAUUGUGGCAGAGCUCUUCUCCCAGGGUCCUCGACCCGCCGCCAUGGCUGUCUCUGGCUGCUCCAACUGGACUGCCAACUUCCUUGUCGGGCUGGGUUUCCCUAAACUAGAGGAACUUUGUGGUCCAUACGUCUUCCUCAUCUUUAUGGUCCUUCUCAUCCUCUUCUUCAUUUUUACUUACCUGCGAGUUCCUGAGACAAAAGGCAGAACCUUUGACGACAUUGCACAGGGAUUUUCAGCCAAACCCGCUCACUCCCCGGUACCCGAUUCUGUGGUCAUCAGCUCUCCAGACAACAAAGAGCCAGCACCCAUGUCUCCAACAGAAAAGGUCCCCAUGGUGGACCUUCCUAUAGAGAAACAAUAAGAACUGGAGUGGAGACAGCAAGAACUUGAAUAACCAGAGUUAUUUAUCAUAACUCACAUAUAAUUAAUUUGUACAAAUGCAGAAUUUGUUUUUUUAAUGAUAAAAUUGAACUUUGCCCAUUUUUCUGACUUAGGAUGUCCUUGAUAAUUGACUGAAAUACCUGUAAUCCAGACCAAAGCUGAUUGUAUUAUCAGAGCUUAAAAUCUAAGACAUUCUUCAGGUUGGCUUUCCGCCUAGUGCCACAUAAGAAGAUCAACAUAUGUUCAAGUUCUCAAAGGUUGCAGGAUUUAGGGGUUUUAUGUAUUGAGGUCAACCCUGAAAAGCGUUUUUAGAGCCCAGUAGUUUGACCCAAAAAAAAAAAAAAGAUUCACUUGUCUGAAAAGUGCCUUGCUUCCAUUUUAGAAGAAACUGCGUUUCAGGAGGUAGACAGAAAAACAUGGAGGAAAAGCUGGUGAUGUUCCUUUUACUUCAAAGUAUUUAAAAAGAAAGGAAUAAUUGCAGACUGGAAUGAAGUUUUUUUCUGCCUCUAUUUGCUGGUCUUAACAAAUUCUUAACAAUUCUGCAGAAAAUAAAAUUGAGGACAUAUCAUCCGCUAGAUGUGCACAAAACCUCCUGAAGGUAAAUUCCUUAAAAUAAUUCAAGCCUCUGCUUUACAGAUUGGGUUUUAGAAAUGAAUGGAGGUCAUGUCAAAAGCCAUGAUGCAGAUGUGCCUUACAUUACUUAGAGUAUUUAUGCUUUUUAGUAUGGAAAAUAUAUUACUGUACUUCAUCUUUUUAGCUUCUCAUAACUUCAGAUCAAAAGUUACUGUACUAGAGGUCAUAAAUGUUCUCAUGAUUUAAAGAAGAUUAACUUUUGCCAGUAUAAAAAAAGACUGAUAAAUUAAUGCACAUUUUUUAUAAAUAAUAUAUAGGCCAGAUGAGAGUUCUUUUUUUUAAAUAACACUAAAAAAUAUGUAUUUAUUUGAACGGCUGGCCUACAGACAUUACCAUUUAAUGUAUUGUUUGUCUGUGUAUUUUGUAGAAUGGCUGCUGCAGCACAUGCUCACGCUAAGUGCUUUUAAAUGUCUGUGUUUGAGCUGUUGCAGCCCUCGAAUAAGCACGUUUAAUAAGGAAGCACCUUUUUUUGUUGAGCUGUUUGCACUGUGGCGACUUGCACACCUCCCAGCGGUUGUGUGUUCUUGUCUUUCUCUGCAUGUAAAUACACUAAAGUUGUGCAGCUUCUGUCACUGCAUUUCACAUUUUUGUCAAAUCUGUGACCUUCUCUUUGUCAUGUCUUGCACUCCAAACCAUUGCUAUAGUGCCAGCAAUUUGCUGCUUUGCAAAUUCUACAAUAUUCACAUUUGUCAGAUGUAUAUUUUGCUCUUGUAUUGUAUUUUUGAGUAAAUAAACACAGGCUCUAAUGCCAAACAUG